AUGCCGGGUGUCCCAACAGGUCGGGCCUGUGACGCCUGUCGCAAGCAGAAGAAAAAGUGCGACGAGAAACAACCUGCGUGUGCACGAUGUCUUCGUCUGAAAGUGAACUGUGUGGGGUCUGGUCAGCAACGAUUCAAGUUCAAACAACAACAAUUUUCCCCCAAGUCAACACAAAGCGGCCAAAUGACUCUUGUCCCGAUAUCAAGAUCAACAGAAGACGAAAAAUAUCCAUUUGAAAUACCCCGCACAUGUCCUGGCAAUAGUAUGACAGCAUUGACCAAUUUGUUUGUCGGCGCCAUAAAACGAUCCACAGACCUCCGGUACAAUAUGUGGUGGUCCUUCGGCCUUUUCCUAGAAGAUGUACCCAGACGACUUGGCAUUAAUGAAGCACUUGAUCGUGCAGUUGACGCUGUGACCAUUGCCCAUGCAGGCUUCUGCACCCGCCAACCAGUUUCCGCUGAGGCACUAAGCAAAUAUUCACAUGCGCUCAAGACCCUGAGAGUCUAUCUAGACGACCCACUUCAGGCGAGUUCCUCUAGUACAUUAUGUGCCGUGAUGAUACUUUUGAUCUGCCAAACAUUCAUUGGGAAUAGCGGGCAGCUGAUAUCAGGACAUGCGCAAGGGGCCGCCAGCAUUCUACAUGCGCGAAAGAACUUUGGGCCACGCGACGACUUUGAGCGUAAACUGUUCCUCUCUUUACGGGGCAGCGUGUUAUUCGAGGGUUUAUACAAUGAUGCCAUCGACCUGAGCUCCGAGGAGUGGGAUACCUUAGUCAAGAAUGACUUUGAUCAAGACCAACCCGAAGGCCGAAUUUUGCGAUGCCUAGCACAAGCCCCAGGCCUAAUCAAACGCGGCAAACGAGCUAUACGCGACGGUGAAGAUUUAACACCCUUGGCAAUGGAAGUCCGGCCAAUAUACGAAAAAUGCAAAUUGCUCCUGGGCGAAUUGAAAGCACGAACAGUCCAAUUUGAAACAUCAGAGCUCAGUACUAUGACAGGAACCUUCAUGGCCCGGAUCUUGCGAGCGCAUUAUCUCCGCACCUAUGGAAUUGGUCUCGCGAUCACGACAGUUUUCAAUUGCAUCCUUCAGGUACUGGAUCCCAUUGACUAUGCCUCAGCAUGGGCCGUUACUACAGACCCCCAGCUGCGGUCAAUGGUGGAAGUGGCCUUGAUUGACUACCAUGGUGACUUUGUGACCCAGGAUGGCGUGAAUAUACCCCGAGAGUUGGAACAGGCGAGCGAGAACUUAUGGCUUGGAUCGACUGCUCAUAUCAAUAAGCCGGAGUCCGCUCCCGAAUAUCACGAACAAUGCCGGGAUAUCGGGUCCAGCCUCCGGCGUCAGCCAUCGGAUGCGCCAUUCCUCAAAAUAUCGGAUCAUGGGUCCGACUCGGACAUUGAUAGAAGCUAUAUGAAGGAUUCCCCUGCCGCUAAAGGAAACGGAUUUGUCUUUGUGUCAGGCCAAGUGGCCGCCGACAGCAAUGGCACAUAUCUUCCAGUCGAGGCCUCUGUCACCGAGAAGACACACAAGAUGAUCCAGAAUGUCAAGAGCAUCCUAGAAUCUUCUGGGUCCUCCCUAGAUCAAGUUAUCAAGGCCAAUAUUAUCUUUGUUCACUUGGAUCGGGACUAUGAGGAGUUUAAUGAGGUUUACAAGCAAUAUUUCCCUCAUAAUCCAGCCAGAACAAGUGUUGAAGUUAGCGGACUGCCCAAGCCUGCUGAUUUGGAGAUUGAGGUAAUUGCGCUAGCGGAUUAG